AUGUCCAAAGUCUUCACAGCUGAAGAGGUCGCCCAACACAACACCAGAGAUGACUUGUAUAUCGUAUACAGAGGCAAAGUGUACGACUGCAGCGAAUACUUGGACGAACAUCCAGGAGGAGAAGAGGUGAUCAUGGACUGCGCCGGAACCGAUGCUACAGAACCGUUCGAAGAUAUUGGACAUUCUGAAGAUGCCCACGAGAUCUUGGCCAACCUUGAAGUGGGCGAGCUCAAAGGUGGCGUUCCUGCCAAGCCAGUUGUGUCUGCUGCAUCUUCGUCGUCGUCCGACAGUUCUUCGUUGCCUCUUGUUGCCCUAGCCGGCCUCAUUCUUGCCGUCGGGGCCUUUUUGUUCCUUAGAACGUGA